ACAGAACACUCCACCAUCACUUCCAGGUCAUCUCUGCUGAACCACAUGGCCCGAGAACAUUCCUUCAGCAUCGGACUCCCGGACAACAUCGUCUUCUGCAGCGAGUUCCUGGACACACUGCAGAGCAAACUGGACAAUCUGCAGUGUUUGUACUGUGAGAAGACGUUCAGAGAUAAAACCACAUUGAAAGAUCACAUGAGGAAAAAAGCUCAUCGUCGCAUCAACGCCAACAACAGCGAAUACGACCGCUUCUACGUCAUCAACUACCUGGAGCUGGGGAAGACGUGGGAGGAGGUGCAGAGCGAGGACGACCGGGAACUGGUCGACAACAAUGAUGACGAUGAUUGGUCGGACUGGCAGGCUCAUCCGGUGUCUGCUGUGUGUCUGUUCUGUGAUUGUCAGUCGGAGACGAUGGAGCAGAUCUACUCACACAUGAAGGACGCUCAUGACUUCGAUCUUCAGAAGCUGAAGACAGAACUCAACCUCAGGUUCUAUCAGCAGGUCAAACUGGUGAACUUCAUCCGGCGGCAGAUCCACCAGAGCCGCUGCUACGGCUGCCAGGAGAAGUUCCUCUCCAGAGCCGACGUGCUGCGUCACAUCGCGGCUGAAGGUCACGUGAUGAAGCUGCCAGACGUGUCCACCUGGGACCAGCCGCAGUAUUUCUUCCCCACGUAUGAGAACGACGCCCUCUUGUGUACGUUAUCUGACAGUGACGAAGCUGAAAGUGAGGAGACAAAUCAUAGCGUGGACGUCCCGGUGAUCGCAGAGGACGUGUCCAACCUCCGAGCCCUGAGACAGACCAGCGUCCUCAACCAGCUGCUGAAGAACAAAAGCUAAGACGAUGGACAGACAGCGGAGUGAAGAUGUCUUCCUCUUGUCUUCUGGACACAUGAUGCUGAACGUGCACUUUAAGACUUUAUUGCCCCAAAUUUACAUUCAAUCAACAAAGAGGGUUCUAAUAAUGAGAAUGAUCGAUAACUAACUUUAUUACUUUCAGUAGAAAUAGUUUCUGUUGUAAAUAAAUUCAGUGCAACAUCCUCAGACGCUGUUAAAAGAACCAAACUAAAGGAGACAAAUAUAUU